GAACACAUGCUUCAAUCUUCAAACCCUUUACUUUCACCAACUCCAAAACCCCCCAAAAAAGCAAAACAAUCGCAGAAUCACUUUCCCGCCCACACUCACACACCUCCGGCAUCCAUCCAUCUAUGGCAGACAACAAAAAGCGCCGCCGUACAGAACCAACCGACGAAAUCCUCCCCUUCAAAAACAAACUCAAACCAGACUCGAUCAUCCUCGAAAUCCUCAAAAACCUAAAAGCCUCAACCGCAUCUUCUUCCGGAACCAAAACCCUAACCCUCGACGAACUCUCACUCCCUUUCACCUGCCGCGAAGUAGCGGAUCUCUCCCUCUCCUCCGUUCAAUCCAACAUCGAGUCUCUCGUUCUCAAAAUCGCUCACUCUAUUCUCUCCGGUAAUGGUUUCGCCUUCGAUGUUCCUUCUCGUUCCGCUGCGAAUCAGCUAUAUGUUCCUGAACUUGACCGGAUUGUUCUCAAGGAUAAAUCUUCAAUUCGUCCUUUCGCGAAUAUUGGGACUGUGAGGAAAACUGCUAUUACUGCUAGGAUUAUUCAGCUUAUUCAUCAGCUUUGUCUUAAAGGGAUUCAUGUCACUAAGCGUGAUCUGUUUUAUACUGAUGUUAAGCUCUUCCAGGACCAGAUGCAAUCUGACACGGUUCUGGAUGAUGUUUCAUGCAUGUUGGGCUGCACACGUUCAAGUCUCAACGUUGUUGCGGCGGAGAAAGGGGUGGUUGUAGGAAGGUUGAUUUUUAGUGACAAUGGAGAUAUGAUUGACUGCACCAAAAUGGGGAUGGGGGGAAAGGCGAUUCCACCUAAUAUAGAUCGGGUUGGGGAUAUGCAGAGUGAUGCUCUGUUCAUUCUCUUGGUGGAGAAGGACGCAGCUUAUAUGAGGUUGGCUGAAGAUAGAUUCUACAACAGGUUUCCAUGCAUAAUUGUGACGGCAAAGGGUCAGCCGGAUGUUUCAACGAGGCUGUUCUUGAGGAAGAUGAAGAUGGAGUUAAAGUUGCCAGUUCUUGCGCUUGUGGACAGUGACCCUUAUGGAUUGAAGAUUCUAUCGGUUUAUGGGUGUGGGUCGAAGAACAUGUCCUACGACAGUUCUCACUUGACUACCCCUGAUAUUAAGUGGCUUGGGGUUAGGCCUAGUGAUUUGGACAAGUACAAGAUACCGGAGCAGUGCAGGCUGCCCAUGACCGAGCAGGAUAUUAAGACUGGAAAGGACAUGUUGGAGGAGGAUUUUGUGAAGAAGAAUCCUGGUUGGGUUGAGGAACUGACGUUGAUGGUUAAAACUAAGCAGAAGGCUGAGAUACAGGCUUUGAGCACCUUUGGUUUUCAAUAUCUCUCUGAAGUUUAUUUGCCGUUGAAAUUGCAGCAGCAGGAUUGGCUGUGAGUAAUGUUACGAUUAAGAAGUUAGAUGCUGGUUAUUUCUUUAUGUGUCUCAUCAGCUUAGUGAUUUACUGUCUGCAGCAACAAUUUACAGUCGAAUGUGGAUGAAUUUAAGUAAUCAUCCAUAAAAAUUGUUCAAUAUCUUCUGUUGUAAGUCAUGUUAUGGUCUAUGAUAUUUCAGUAUGAGUUUAUAAUUUUGGUCUUAUUGUUUUCUUCUUA